CAAAAAGUGAUUGUGUGCUGUGUAUAAGUGACCAGAAUGAUGUCUACAUCCAAUAACGUACCUAAUAAAAGAGGUGAAAGUUUCGUCAGUGAAAGCGACGACUGUAGGUUAAAACACGUGGAUGAUUUUAACCAAAAACAAUUACAAAAUUUGAAAAAAGUACGAGUAAAGACCGGUUGGACCAAUUGGUUCAAAAAAGGACGACAUCGUCAUCUCGAUCAACUUUAUCCCUUAAUCAGCGAUUGGAGGGGACCACUUCCGGAUCUGCGGGACAUUUUUCCCAAGAAAAAAAUUGAAUUUCUUCUCAAGGAAUCUAUAAAUUGUAUGUACGAAAACCCGCAUGAUAAUCGAGGGAAACGAUUUAUUGAGUUCGUGGCUCGCAGCGGCUACAAAGAUAUGGGAUCCGACAUUAAUAUAGUCGGCAAGCUAUCGCAGCGUCGCAGCACACCUCUACAUCACGUGGCCGAAUUAUUGGACGAUCGAGGACGUGACGUGGCUCGUGAGCUUUUUACAAUUUACGAUAGAUUUUUUGUAAAUUACAUCGACAAGUCAGGCUUCACUCACUUCCAUGUGGCCUGCAGGUAUGGCUUUGACGACCUCGUCGAAAAAUUCCUCGAACACGGACAAGACCCCAAUUGUCUCGAUAACGUCAAAGGUAAUUCGUCGCUGAUUUUGGCUCUGAAGUACGGCCAUGUACGCGUGGCUGAAACGCUGCUGAGAAAAUGCGCGGAUCCACAUUUGGCCAACUUUAAUAAAUCUACUCCUCUGCAUGUCGCUUGUCAGGUACUCAACGACAACGAUGACUUCAUAAAAAAAUUCUUCUUGAUCAACGACGUUAACCGUCGAACGGUGCGCAUUGACGCUCAGAACAAGUGGGGUCUGACACCACUGCACAUAGCUGUGUCUCGUAACUCGGUCAAAUUGGUCGAAUUUCUGCUGAGAAGAGGGGCCAGUCCGAAUAUAUCUGACGUAGACGGAUUGACACCUCUGCAUAUCAUUUGCCAGACAAAAUGCAGCGAUGAUUUGGCGAAGAUGUUCUUCGAAAUCAUCGACGAAAUUCAUCAAUCGGUACAGGUUGAUGCUCGGGACCGAACGGACUCUACACCAUUAUGUCAUGCUGUGUCAUUUGGACACAAGACGAUGGUCGAACUGCUGCUGAGAAGAGGGGCGGAUCCACAUUGGACCGAUGAUUUCGGAUUGACACCUGUGAGUUUUUGCCUCGAAGAGGGAACUGAAGACUUGGUGAAACUCUUCUUCCAGGUCAAUGACGAACUGAACCGUCACUUGCAGAUCAACGACGCUUGGAACGGAUUGCUCAUGAGCUCACCACUGCAAUCGGCUGUGCAGAAUCUGAGGCCAAUUGUGUUCGAUGUACUCUUGAAUCAUGGUGCAGAUCUAUCUAGAUUUGUUUUUCCCUCUGCAUCAGACCUUGUCCUUUGUCUGAAUGGUUUAUUGAGGAGGAGGGAAGAGCGGCCUUACAGUAUUAAUUUUAAAUUGGAACUAGCAUCUGGUCUGUUGUCCUUCGUCGAUAGUCUUGAGAAGAGAGAGUACGAAUUGAAAAGAAAAGACGCCUUGACGAUAAUGAGAUUGUUUUCCUAUUACGGAUUAUUCAAGAAGUCGGCUGAUGUUGAGAAAUGUUGGUUCGACGAUGAGGAAUUCAAAAGUAGAGCAAAAGAAUUGAUGAUAAAGCCGAGCCUAUCACUCUACGAUCUGAUCCGGUUAAAACCCGAAGAGGCAGCGAAACAACUCACAAAUAUGGAUUACUUGGAGUUUGCGCGCUCAAAAAAAUUGCUCGAACUCCCCGAAAAGUACCAGGAGGCUUGUGCUGUCCAUCUGUGCGAGAAGCUAUCGAGAAGAUUUUUCCAUUGCUGGGCCCUAAAAUCUUAUAUGAAGUUGACGCGCAACCGAUUGUCGAUCCCUUUCUGCGAAAUGAUCAUCGAUAUGCCAACUAACCAAAAUCUAUAUAAUAUUUGCUUGGCGGCUCUAAAGCACAGCUCAUGGUGUACGUACAUGGUCAUGAAGCAUUUUGAUUUAGCUGAAAUCUAGUACAAUUAAAUGUUGCAAACU